AUGGCACCCCUCCUCUCAACCAUGCUGUUCGCAGCCAGCGCAUCAGCCCAAGUCACAACCUCCUUCUGGAUGCCCAUCUAUGGGCUAGGAACAGACAACAUCGGUUUCGUCGGCUCCGUCAUCGACGCCAACGGAACUCACACCACCGUUGCUGUUGACUACGACGAAGGCACCGAUACAUCCGCUCUGAGCCUCGCUGCCGAUACUCCCCAGAUUUUGACCAUUGGCCCCGACUUUUACGGAACAAAGAUCAACAUUGGCCUUGCUGCUAGUGGCGAUGAGGAGGAGGACACCUACUCACUCGACUGCUCCUGGCCGACCCCCGAAGAAGUAGGGUCGAACCGUACAUGUACUGUGUCGUACCCCCCAGAAAUCGCUCGGCAACUCUGCGAGAACCCCACUUACCCUUCUACGAGUGAAAGGGUCUGGUCAAGAACACAUACCUUCCCUGCGCGCGGGUCAGAGCCUGCAGGUACAGAGACAGUCAGGCAGACUUUGAGCUAUGGCUAUGGCUCUGCUAUCUCGACUGGUACCCGGUCAGCCUUUUGCAGUGAGAGUGGUACGCCUGACGAAGGUUAUACUUCCGUAGGGGAGCUCUCAGGAACAGAGUUCGGGACUUACUACCUUGUUAUCACUGCGGGGACGGAGAAGUUGGAAGCUACUGCUGCGGCUACACCGACAAUGUCAAGUGCUAUGUCUACGGGUGCUUCUACAGACGCGACAGGUGCAUCUGGGACUGCGCCCGUGCCUGAGGUGACGGAGGCUGGCGCGCCGAUGGUUAGGAGUGCGCCGCUGUUGGCUGGACUUGGUGCUGCUGCUGCUGCGUUCUUUGUUUAG